GCGUGGUGAGUGGAGGAGCUGAGUGAUUGGGAGCUGCUGCUGCCUCAUCAGGGAGGUUUUCUCACAGUGAGGUGAAGAUGGAAGGACACAAUAUGGAGAGCCUACAUUGUUCUUCCUAACUGCAGAUAUGUUUUAUUUUUCUCUCUGCUUGACUUGAUGUUUAUUUUAUUUUGAAAGGUAAAGGUUAGAAGGAUUUAUUCUUUGUGUGAAGUGAAGGGGAGAGAAAGACGGAACCAUGCUGGAGCCUAAAGGGUAGAUUUAAUUCAUGAAGGAGUUGGUUCAACUUUGUUCCAGGAGUCUUGGAAUCGGAGGGACGCAGCAGAGCAGCAGGGCCACCGGUAACAACAUGCUCCUGGCCUCCGCGGUGGUGGUGUGGGAAUGGCUGAACGAGCACGGCCGCUGGAGGCCCUACAGCCCCGCUGUCUCCCACCAGAUCGAGGCCGCCAUCCGGAGCAGCGACCCCCGCGGAGGGAGCGUGGUUCUCGGCCAGGUGGACAGCAGGCUGUCGCCCUACAUCAUCGACCUCCAGUCCAUGCACCAGUUCAGACAGGACACAGGAACCAUCCGUCCCGUCCGGAGGACUUUUUAUGACCCGGCCUCCGCCCCGGGUCAGGGCUGGCAGUGGGAGUGGGAGAACGACGCGGGAACGUGGACGCCGUACGACGUGGAGGUGGCCAUCGCCAUCGAGAGCGCACACAGCCGCCAGCAGACCUGGCUGGACCUGACGCCGCUCGGGUUCUGCUACCUCAUCGACUUCAAGAACAUGACGCAGGUGAACAGGCAGAGCCAGAGGUGCCGUAGGAUCCAGCGGCGUGCAGACAUAGCGUACCCGCUGGUGUCCGGUCCACUUCCUGUCCCCAAAGGAGGAGGCGUCGGUGGAGGGGGGGGCCUAACCGGAGCGUUGCUGGGGGUCGGGGUGUCCGGAGCCAGCAUGGGGGUGGGCAGCUCCGUCACCUCCAACGGAGGCCUGCAGGUCCUGGGCCUGGGCCAGCCCUGUUCCUGCCAGCAGUGCAUGCUGGUCCUGAGCGUGAAGAGCAAUGCGGGCGGGGCGGGGGGCGGCGCCGCAGCCAUUCAGACUCUGAGCCGGCGAGCUUUAACCAUGCAGCGGCCCAAGAACUCUGCGGCUCCCGCGGUCAGAUCCCUGAGCCCGUCCAAAUCUGCCACGCUGGGGCGGGGCCUCCAGCAGAACCCCGCCUACUACCAGACGCUGCCGCACGGCCUCGCCAUCACCAAAAACACCGCCUCGCCUCGGAGGAACGCCCAGCUCUUCGCCCAGUCGCUGGCCGCUCUCACUGCCGGUACCUCCUCCAUGGGCCUCUCCGUGUCUUCCAGCAGACCCCCCCCUCCGUCUCUGCCGCCGCCGCAGCCUCCCUGCAACCAGAACCCACCGUCCAUCCCGCCCAAGCUCUCCGCCUCCACCUCUUCAUCCAACGCCAACGACUCAGUGCCGACCGCCACAUUGAUCACCCCUGCCAGCAGCGUGACCACGCCCCCCUCCCCGGUGCCGUCUCCGUCGCCCGUGGUGAUGAAGCCGCAGCGUUCCGCAUCCACAACAGUGUGCCACGCCCCCUUACCGCAGCGGUCCAGUCUGGCCGGGUUGAGCAGGCCGGCGCUGCAGAGGAUCGCCAUGGCCCAGUCCAGAUCGCUCAUAGCAUCAGGCGUUCCCACCGUCCCGGUGAAAAACCUGAACGGGUCCAGUCCGAUCCACCCAGCGCUGGCAGGGAUCACAGGGAUCCUGAUGAGCGCUGCGGCGCUACCCGUCUGCCUGACCCGGCCGCCCAAACUAGUGCUGCACCCCCCACCUGUCAGCAAGAGCGACAUCAAACCCGUACCGGGCUUCAACCACUGCUGCAGGAAGACCACCAAGAAGCAGGUCCGCAAAGGAAAAACUCCAGACGAGGUUGUGAAGAAGUACCUGCAGAAAGUAAAGAGUCCUCCAGAGGAGGACUGCACCAUCUGCAUGGAGCCGCUGGGAGGCCCGUCUGGAUACAAAGGUCCGGGCGUGGGCCCCGUCUCCAAGGCGGAGUCGGUGGGGCGGCUGGCCCAGUGCGGACACCAGUACCACUUCCAGUGUCUGGUGGCGAUGUACAACAACGGCAACAAGGACGGCAGCCUGCAGUGUCCCACCUGCAAAACCAUCUACGGCGUAAAGACGGGCAACCAGCCGGCGGGGAAGAUGGAGUACCACGUCAUCCCUCACUCCCUCCCGGGUCAUCCUGACUGCAAAACCAUCCGCAUCAUCUACAACAUCCCGCCAGGGAUUCAGGGACCAGAGCAUCCCAACCCAGGGAAGCCCUUCACUGCCAGAGGCUUCCCCCGACACUGCUACCUCCCAGACAGCGAGAGAGGACGCAAGGUUCUAAGGCUGCUCCUGGUGGCGUGGGACCGCCGGCUCAUCUUCUCUGUCGGUACUUCAAGCACCACAGGAGAAUCAGACACCGUCAUCUGGAACGAGGUCCACCAUAAGACUGAGUUUGGCUCCAACCUGACGGGUCACGGCUUCCCCGACCCGGGUCACCUGGAUAACGUCUUAGAGGAGCUCCGUGCUCAGGGCAUCACAGAGGAAGAUGCACUGGUAGAAAAGUGAAAGAGCUAAAGGAGUCGAAGAAGAGGAGGAGGCAGUGAUGAUGGACACAUGGCCUGAUGGAAAAAUAUCAGGAGGACUGAGGAAGACUCUUUCCCAGGACUAAGGAGGAGGAAGGCGACCUCAUUCUCCAGAGAGAGGAGAGCUGUCAGUGCUGGCUUAGCCUUUCAAUGCAACUUUCUCCAAUGUUCGUUUUUUAAACCAGCACAGAGAGAGAGGAGGAUGGGGGGGCAGAAGGAAGAGGAGGCCGUUGAAAUAAAAGGUUUAGGUACUAAAUAAUAAGAGUGAGAAUGAAUGGGUACUAACAUCAAGGAGAAAACAAGUUAACUUUACUGAAUGAAAGGAAAUAAAAAGAAGGUAAAAAGCAGCAAAAAUCGAAAGGAAAGGAUGGGAAGAGGAUGGAGGAGGAGGAGAAAAGGGAGGAGGAGUUGGAAAAGGUCAGCAGGAGGAGUGAAGAUGGUGUAUGAAUGUAGUUUAGGAUAGCAGUAGAAUUAACUUGUGGUACUUUCAGGUACUUGAGGGACCAACAGACAAGACUGGCUUUGUUCAUUCCACCCUGUGGUGAGGGGCGCCCCCUGGUGGGCUCUCACAUGUCCUGCAGCUCAGCCAGUGAGCUGCUGCAACAAACCAGUUUUCACUCUCAUCCUCAUUUUGCGUCAUUUCGUUCUUUACCUCUUUGAUUUGGAGGCUCCUUCUGGAGCUGAAGAUUGUGAAAAAAACCUGAAGACCAGACUGCAACUUCUGGGAGCUAUUGGGCCGUCUGUAGAAGAUAACCUUAGAUACGCAGGCACAUUUAUGUUCUUAUCAUUCUUUAGUCAAAUCAGACAGGCGUCUAGAUGCUCCUGUUUUUGUUUUUUUAUUGAGUGCUUGGAUUUAACCACACCUGACGGUGCAUUCACAGCCAAUAAAACCCCUCAGGGUGAACAGUGUUGGGUUAGCCGGAGACAAACUGCAGAGGUUUCUGCUGAGCCAAAUGGUUCUAUAAGCAACAAUUAUCCUGUCAGUCCUGCAUUCAAUGAACACAGUGUGUCAGAAUUUUGACCCCUUAAUAGUGGCUUUUCUGUUUUUUGAACCAAGCUUAAUGAAUUAAGAGUUUCUCAAAUGCAACCUGUUUUUCUCCCUGACACAGCAUUAAAAACAUCCAGGAGAUAAGAAACUUCUGACACGGUAAAGUCGAUCUGUUUUCCUGUAAAGAUGUCAGAAAAAAAAAGUUUUCUGGAAGUUUGACUAAUAUUUCUCGGGGAAUGUGAAUUAUUCUAUUAUUAUUUUCAUCUCAGCUUAAUUUUAAAAAGGUAGAAAAUUAUACAAUUUCUCUGAGAUACAUUGAAUGCAGCAUUAUCUUAGCUACAGUCUUUAUUUUCCACUCUACUGCCUCUGAUUGGCUGCCAUAUUUGGAGCUCAUCCAAUGAGAAUGCCUGCAGAUGAAGAAGUAGAAGCACUUUUUUUCCUCAUAUAAAGAUUCCUCUCAUCUGAUCUGUUUGGGUCUGAGGUUCUGUUGGUGACUCGGAUCUCUGCCACCGCAGCGUCUGAGAUCGGGGUUUAUUGGGGUUUUUAUCUGGGUCUUAUACCUGAUGCUGAUUGUCCUAAUGAUGGUACUCCCUCCACUCUAAUGUCUUUAGUUUUUUAUCAACAGUAGCUACACAUUUAUUUUGAAUAGCAUUUUAUUGACAUUAUAGAAAUGCCUUUUUUCUUAUUUUGUACAUUUAUCUUAUGUAUUAAUUAAACCUGGAUUUAUGUUACUUUUUGUUUACGAAGACAGUAUUGCUGAAUACGGCGUCUUUUGUUCUCUGUGUACAGAAAUGAAACCUAUUUGAAUCUUUUCUUUGGAAAAGGAAUUUCAUGGUAGACUUUUAUCUGCGUGACUUGUAAUACGUUUUUUUUUCUAAGUAAAAAUCGGAGCUGUGUGUUAAUGCUCCUCUGUGAGUUUAAGGAUGCUCAUAGUGUCUACAUAUCACCUGUCCUGAUGCUGGAAGCACAUGUGAACAGACAUCUGCUUUUAAUGCUCCAUUUUGUUCGACUCUUUGAUUUAGGUGCUGCACACAGACUUGGAAAGGAUGACGUUGUGAUUUCAGCAGGUUUUCUUGCUGUUAAUGGUUAGUUUUAAUCACUGGGUUUCUUGCCAGAUGUGACGGCUCUGUAUGCAGCAUCUAAGGAUCGGUGUGAUUCUUUAUGGGAUUUCUUUUUCUUUUAAACCACCUUGUUGUCUCAUCCCCACUGAGGUUGCUCUGCUCAGCAGUAAGUGUGUGGGUUAUUGGCCUAUUGAGGCGUGGGAAGGUGGGACGAGAGACGUGACCACUGUUGCUGGUUCGAAAGCAUGAAAACAUGAUUACAUAAAAAGUGUAAAUAUAGCAACAAAAAAAAUAAUGCUGGAGUAUGAAUGAUUAAUACGAGAGAAAAAAUAAAGAACGAUUGGAAUUU